CCGCAUUAUAAAAGACAACAAUGAUUAUAUUCAUAUUUUUAAGAAGAACUUAACACUUAACCUCAAUAUUGGCCGCCAAAUUUGCCGCCAAAGCCAAAUUAGUUCGCCACGCCGAAUUAUUAGGCCGUUAAAUGAGAUAUUUGUCUAUAUUUGCCAAAAUUGCCACCCUGAAUUAUGGACGAAAUAAAAUUACUUAAGAAGAAAGCCAAGGCGCAAGCGGAGGGUAAUACGAAAACUCUAAUCUCGAUAUCCACGGAUCUCGCUGAAUUAUACAAAUCCAGAGAAAAAUAUGAAAAAGCUAUAGAAGAAUACGGCACGUUAGCCGAAAUAUACAAAAAAGAACGUUAUCAUAUAGAAUAUGCCAAAGUGAACCGAGGAAUAGGAGAAAUUUAUUUCGAAUUGCAAGAUUUCCGAAGAGCUCUCAAUCAUUUUAAAAUAUACUUAAAUAUAGCUACAGAGCAAAACGAUAAAAUAGAAAUUCAAAGAGCCUACGCCACCAUCGGAAACUUGUACUUAAACUGGGACAACACCAGAGACAACCUACAAGCAGCUUACAAAUUUUUCAUAAAAAGCAUGAAAUUGAGCGAAAAUCUAACAGGCAUCAGCAGCUAUGUGAAGGCCGACAUGCAAGCCCGUUUACUUGCCAACCUCGGGCUAGUAAAAGACAGUUUAGGGGACUACGUUAAAGCCGAGGAGUUGCUUAACACUUCUAUCAAUAUUUGCAAGAGCAAUGAUAUUUACGAACAGCUGAUCCGAGGCCACUCGGCCCUCGCAUCCCUCUAUGAGAAGAAAGGGGACUCUUCGAAGGCUAUAAACCAAUAUAGUCUAGCAGUAGAGGCGGCCAUGAAAAUGAAAGAUUCGGCAGAUCGAGCAUGUUGCGCUUUACUGGCCAAAGCCCAAGCCCUAAUAAAACUAGGGGACUUCCACGCCUCUAAGAAAACCUUAUACAAGGCUUACAAAUUAAACUCGCCAGUUGCCGAAACCAACAAAACCAUCAAAACCUAUCUCAAAAACGUGAUCAAAAUGUGCCGCACUGAAGACAAGCUCAUAAUCGAGCACAACGACAGCAAGCAGUUGAAGAAGCUGUAUGAAACCAUGGGGGACUGCUCGUGCGACUUGAAGCACUACCCGAAGGCCCUCGAGUACUACAAGCUGAUGCUGGAGCACGCCGAGAAAUCGGGUGCGGGAUCCAAGGAAAUGGCCUCUUGCUACUACAGCCUCGCAGCUACUUACAGGGACAACAAAAUGUACCCGGAAGCUCUGGAGUACUACGAGAGGGAGUACUUGUUGUGCACCAAGCUCGAGGAUAAUUUGAACACUCUAAGCCACAUAGCUGAUACUAAGGAAGAGGCCGGCUGUUUGGUGGACGAUAUCGAAGCUGUUUAUAAAAGAGCCUUAGAAAAUUGCAGGAGAGAUGGGAAUGUAACGGAGGAAAGACGGAUGGUGAAUAGAUGUAUGGCCUUUUUACGCAGAGCAAACGGUCAACAAUACCUCAGCGAGUACUCGAAGCUGUUGAAUUCUUUAGAAGUAGUUCCCAUAGAACUCGAAGAAUCUUCAUCGGACAACGAACGCCCGUCAUCGUCCGAUAGCGAUAGCGAAGAAGUAGAUUUAAGCGAUGUAACAGUCUCCGAUGAUUCCGAUGGGGGACGAAACGCUCCGCAAUUGACGACGGGCAAACGGCGCUUCAAAACGUUCAUAGUCAAACGAAACGCGAAAGGCGAAUCCCAAUUGCACAGGGCCUGCAUUGAAGGCAAAAUGCCGGUAGUCAAACACCUGCUGGAUCAAGGCCAUCCGGUCAACGUACGAGACCACACCGGAUGGCUGCCGUUGCACGAGGCCUGCAAUCACGGCAACUACGAUAUCGCCGAACUUUUGCUCGACAAUGGGGCUUCGAUCAACGACAGAGGAGGCGUCCAAUGCGAAGGUAUCACCCCUAUAUACGAUGCGGCUAGUAACGGGCACAUUAGAAUAGUACAGCUUCUGAUGGAUAGGGGCGCUUCGGUGACCAUAAAGAGCGACAGAGGCGAUACUCCGCUGAACGUCCUCAAAUCGAGGCAUCGGAAAUAUCCAUUCAUAGACGAAGAGUACCGCAUUUACCUCGGAUUAGUGGAGAGGAUGAAGGAGGCUUUAACGAAAGCCGGUGAAACCGUCUUGGAUGAAGUUAGGCCAAUAUCGCACGAAUGCAUCGAAAGCGAGGAAAUUCGCGAAGCGGAAAUUGACGACGAGCCGGCUGGUUUGCUCGACGAAUAUCGAGGUAUUUUGGACGAGUUGAGCAAAAAAUCGAGCUAUAGCGAAAGAAAAGAUGAAAGGAAGCCCAGGAAGGACGGCAAGCGAGGAACGACCGCCUUGAUCGAGGAGGAUCAAGGCCUGUCGGACGAUUGGCUGGAAGACGACAUCGGAAGGGUUUCGAAAAAGAGGAGAUUCGGGUCUUUGCCUUGCUCUUCCACGUCUCUUCGAGUCUCUCCACCCCGAAGAACGAGCGAUGAGAACAACGGGCGAGUGGCCGCCGGUAUCCCGACUAAUAACAGUCCCGUCCGAACAGCCGUCGCCUCGACGAGUAAGAGUCCCGUCGGAGUAGCCGUCGCCUCGACGAGUAAGAGUCCCGUCGGGGAAAAACCCACGAAGACGCUCCAUCGAUACAGAAGUGAUGGCGGGUUGAACGGAAUGGGGAAUUUGGCCGAUUCGUAUCCAGACGGGACUUCCCCCGACGAUUUCAUGACCUACGUGGAUGUUAAAAUCGACGAUAAAAUAUUCAGGGUGCCGGUUCUGUCGUCGCAAAUUCGAACUAACGCGAUCGGUUGGUUGGCAGAUCGGGCGGCCGAAAAAUACGCAAAGAAAGAAGGCUCAAAGCCCUGCUUGGAAUUGGAAACGAUAACGGGAGCUUUGCUAAGCAACGACGAUCCGCUCAGUUUACUGUUUCCUCUCGGAUCGAGGCAGGCCGAAAUCAUCGUAGGUAGAAUAUCGAAAUUCCACGUUAUCCUGUUAGCGGAUCGUUACAGGGAGGCCUGCACCAACAUGAAUGAAACGAUCAAUGAAGCCCUAGCGAAGCAACUGGAAGAGAUGUCGGUGAACCUGAGCGUUCGAAACGAAGGCUACCUGAGCUCCGACUUGGCGCCUCUAUGCAGGAUCAUCGGCUACCAGCCCAAUUUGAUCCAUCUGGAUCUAUCCGGGAACUUCUUGACUGCGAAUUGCGUAGCCGUCCUGUGCACGGCCUUGCCCCUCUUGGCGAACCUGCAGUCGUUGAAUUUGAGCUGUACGACCCUGGCAGCCAAGCACAUGGCCGAAAUGGCCAAAAUGUUCUCUAACUGUAAUUCCGGCGCGAUUCCAUUGAGGAAUUUGAGAUCGUUGGAUUUGAGCGCGAACAAUUUGAACAAUCAAAGCAUGAGGCACCUGGCGGACAUCACCAGCCGCUUGAAAUUGGACAGUUUGAACCUCUCAAACGACGAUUUGAGCGAAGGCGCUUUCGAUUUCGAGUGGAGAUUAGAAAGCGUUAGGGAAUUGGACGUUAGUUUUAAUCGUUUGGUUACGAGGGACGUCGAUAGGUUGAUUUCGGGAUUGGAUAAAAGGAUAUUGAAACGUUUGGAUGUGUCGAGGAAUCUGUUUGAAUCGUUCGAAUCGAGUUUCGAGGACGCCGAAGCGCUCGAGUAUUUUGGCCUGGUCCAAUGCGGCUUGAGAGAUGGCGAUGUGCAUAAGUUGCUGAGGAUUCCAUCGAGAGAAGGUCUAGUAAUGAAUUGUUCGUUUAACGAGGAAUUAACGGGAGUGUCCCUUAGGCGUCUAUUGGAAAGUCCCUUAUUCAAAGAGAUAAAUUUAGUCGGCUGCACACGAAUAUUCGAGUAUCUGCCGGAAAAUUUCGAUUACAAUUUCAAGAAGAAUUCGAGACUAUUUCUGAAACUAUCUGACAUCAACCAGCAUCCGAGCCACGUGAACAACAUCAGGGAUAAAUUCCAAAGAGCCCACGAAAAUUGUACGAUAGAACGAACCUUGGAUUUACUAAUAUUGCAAUCGUAAAACACCACCAAAAUAAAAAUAAAUAAGCGAUUUACCUUAGGAAUCAUUUUAUUAUUUUCUAUUAAAACUAAGACCAAGUAGUAGUGCCGUAUUUGAAUUUCAUCUUGUCCAUUUCCUCCUGCUUAUCGAUAUUGGUCUUCUUGAAUGCCUUAUUGGCUUUAUAGUAAAGGACCGUCCGUCUUACUCAUGUUUUUUGGAUAUUUCGCUCUUUACUUGGGUAAACCUAGGUUUUU